AUGUCAAUUCUCUUCUAUAAACGCCCUGAAUACGUCUUGCGACACAAUGGACCACUCGCAGAGUGCUCACGCAAGGGAGGGACCCCCCAGGAUUGUAGCGCUGCUGCCAUCCCCCCGGAGCUGUCCUUCGAGAACGUCAUAUGUAACAAGUGCUUGCCUCCAUGCAGCUUGCAAGAUUUCCUCGACUACCUCACCUACGUGACACGUGAUGCCGAAAAUCUCCAAUUCUAUCUUUGGAUGGUGGACUAUUUCCAGCGAUUUCGCAAUGCCCCCAAGUCAGAAAAAGAGCUCUCACCGCCGUGGAAAAAUGGUCCCUCGCAAUCCGCGUGCAGACCAAACACCCAAAUGCCGGUGAAGGGCUCGACUCCUCUCGUCGCAAAGGAGAUCGAUAUGCACAGCGAGGACAUUUCGAAUGGCUCCACGUGGGAGGGGGAUCAAUCAGAGGAUUAUGCAGAUGAUCAUAGCCAGACACUGAAUUCGGUGAAGUUUGGCAUGUCGCCAAUAAACCCGCCGGUCAAGCACAGCCAUGAGAAGUUCGCUCCACAGCAGUGGCAGGUAUCGCCUCAGAACCAGCCGUUUCGCUCCGAAAUCAAUAGGAUCGUCAACCAUUACAUCGCUCCAGGCAGCCCACGAGAGCUGAACCUCUCUCACAACAACCGUGCUAUCGUUCUCCAGGCUCUUGAGCACACCACCCACCCCUCGGCUCUUACAUUAGUCAAGAGAAUGCUCGAUUCAACAUUACGGAAUCAGUCUCAUCCGAACUUCGUCCGAUGGUCCAUCUGCAAUGGUAACAAACAAUGGACCGUCGCUCUCCGUGCCUUCGCCAUCAUGAACAUUCUGAUAGGAUUUGCCAUUGCCAUAGCCCUCACCCUUUCGAAGUACUCGCGCUGGUGGCGUAUCUUUGCUGCUUUCGAAUGGUGGUUUGGUACCACCAAUAUCAUAGCAGCCUCUCAAGGUCUUUGUGUCCUUCUGCACAGAAUGCACACUCGGCAAUACCACGCAUGGGAAACGAAAGACUACACAAAUGAUGACGACGAAGCAAUGCUCAAAGGCUUGGAUAUCAAUUUCAUAAACUACGAAAGCACCAAGUCGAAAUGGCCGGUCAAGAUGGAGGUGUUUGGGCCGGCGAAUGACUAUGGUGAUGAACCUUGGGUGGACCAUUAUUCGCGGAAGGCCUGGUGGAGGAAAUUGUUUGAGAGAAGGAUCCCCGUGCAGGAGAAUGGACUGAAAAGCAUUCAAAAUCGUAUGAUACGUCAGGCGGAGGCAUGGGCGCUUCUGAUUACUAUUCCACUUACAGUCGCAUUCGUGGCGAUACCUAAAGGGAACUUAUACCCUUCAUGA